AUGAGCUUCACCUACCUCGGCGACACUCUCGCCGCACCACCCCCCCUUGGAACCCACACCUCCAACUCAACCUCCUCGUCCCCAGAGCCUGGAAGCACCACCCCGGCAAGCAACCUGAGCGCGGCUCCCAGCGACACAGCCAACUCGGUCGACAUCACCACUGCCGGCGGCACCGUCUCAUUUCCCCACCCCCACUCCCAAGCUUUUUCAGCGCAGGGACCUCCUCAGUAUCUGCACAAGCGCACGACGCGCAGUGCCGCACGCUCAAGCGCGUCUGCAAGCACCCCCACAGGCUCGAGCGGCAGCCGCCACAUGAGCGUCGACGUCGAUCGUUCGACACCCCUUGGCGACACCGGCAUGAGUGUACACGCUGCUACCACCAGCACCACCACCCACAGCAACAACAACAACAACGCCUCGGCCCAUACCGGCGCUACCACCCCAGCUGGCCUCCUUGGGUUGACUCCGACAACCACUCCACCCACCGGUACGCCGUCACUCGGUCCACUCGCGCCUCCUGGUAUCCUUCAGCCAAUGCUCGGGCCUUCGACCGUGUCCACCACGGCCCCUCCUUCCGCCACGGCCCCUUCCACCACCGUGGCCAACGGCCUCUACGGGUUUAAUCAACUUGCCUGGCCUACCCCAGCCAACUCUGCUGCUGGCACCGGUGCAGGCGGUGGCAGUGGACUCGAGGAGUGGCGCCACGACAACAACAUGCUCUUCUUUGGCAACACGGCCCCACCCAACGCGGCCAGUCCUCUUCAGAUUCUCCGCCGCCAGCCAAGCACGGGAUCGACGGGCGGAUUUGGCACCAACUCGUCACGGAACGACAUUCGUGACCGCGAUCGCGACCUCAACCCCCGUGACCACACCCGUGACAUGAACUUACGCUGGAAGGAGGAGCGCAUGGUCAACGGUGACGCUGAAUACCACAACAACGUGCACCACCCUCAUGCUCACACCACCCACCCCACCCACCCGUCCACCCACCCGUCUCAGCACUUAACCCACCCCCUCGAUUACGAGUACAACCGUUACCCUACUGGCAUUCGCGACCAGGACUUGGACUACUCCAGUGGUGGCGGCGGCGGUGGUAGUGGUCUCGCCAACGGUGUACGCGACCCCCGUGAGCCACCCGUCAUUGAUGGAUACGUUCCCACUCUCCUCCGUCCUCAACCUCCACGCCUCAACCAAGGCCCUCACCAUUCGCUUUCCCCGUCGCCUCUUGGCCACCAGCUCUCUCCACACAUGCAGCAUGGAAACCAACCUCAGCAUCCCAGCCAGCACCAGCACCAGCAGCAGUCGUCCACACACGCCCAUACCAACAGCCACAUUUUUCCUCACGCGCCACACGCUGCUCACCCUAGUCACCUCCAGCCCAUCGUUCCCGUUCCCCAGCAACAGCACUCGUACGGCUGGCCGCUCCAAUACAACUCCAUCGCCGACAUGAACGGCAAUGGAUACCGCGAGGACCCUUGGGCGACCCCUCCCGGUGCUGGAAGUGUCAACAGCGGUGGUGGACCCAGCUCGACAACCCAACGUGUUCCCGGGCCCGAACAUGAGCGCAUCAGGGCACCGGCUAAGCGUGGAACAAGUGCUCCAGCCACACGACGCUUCCCUUGCCCUGAUUGCACGGAGGCCUUCACCCGCCGUAACGACCUUGUGCGCCACCGCCGGAAGCACACCGGUGAAAAGCCAUUCUCCUGCCCUGUGUGCGACCACGCCUUUGCGCGCAAGGACAAGCUCCUCAUGCACAUUCAGCGCUCCGAGCCUUGCCGUGCGCGUGCCCCACCUCGCCAGACCCGCGGUGGACGGCGCGAGAGGAUCAACAACUAA